CGUGAAGGGCAGUAAGCAAAGCAGUUCCAGCAAGUCUUGGGGGAGACCUUCCCCCCUGGCCCUUUCAGAAUUGGCUGUGUUGGUGACACCUGGCAACGAGGCGGGGCAGGGAUAUAAAUACAGGGGCUCGUGGCAAGGACGACAUACACUCGCUCUCUCUUUACUGGAGACGGACCCGUGCCUUACUUGCCUUCUGUGCUAUACACGCCCACCAGCACCAUGGCGUCCACAUACGAAGUGAAUAUCGAGGAUGUAGAGCCGCUGUCCCGCACCUACCAGUACCGCAAGGUGAUGAAGCCCAUGCUGGAGCGGAAGCGGCGGGCGCGCAUCAACAAGUGCCUCGACGAGCUGAAGGACCUGAUGGUAGGCGCCCUGCAGUCCGAGGGCGAGACUAUCACCAAGCUGGAGAAGGCGGACGUGCUGGAGCUGACGGUGCGCCACCUGCGGAAGCUGAAGCAGCACCACGCCCUGGCCAUCCCGUCCCACAACCACGCCCAUGACAAGUUCCGGGCGGGCUUCACACACUGUGCCAACGAGGUGUCCCGCUUCGUGACCGCUGUUCCUGGCGUCGACCUGCACGUGUCCACCAGACUUCUGUCCCACCUGGGCGGCUGCAUCACCCAGCUGGACAAGAUGACGGUGCCCCAGAGCCCCUCUGCCGCCCCCAUCACGCCCGCCGCCACCCCGUCCUCCACGCCCACCUCCACCAUGAUGCCCAUCACGGUGACGGUGCCGCGGGUGUACACGCCGCCCGCCAGCCCGGAGACCAAGCCCAGCCCCACCACCACCACCACUGUGUCCGUCGUGGUGUCCCCGCAGCCCACCACGGUCAGCCCCAAGCCCACGAUCACCCAGCAGCCCACUCCUCCCCCAGUGUCUCUGCGCGUUGGAGUGCCCUCGGGAAGCCCCAUGUGGCGCCCGUGGUAGACAGGUGCCGCCUCGCCACCACCAUCAUCAGUACCUGAGACCAGGCGCCCCGCCCGCCGCGCCUUCGCCGCCGCCACAAGACAGGCGACGCAACUCCUUGACAGGCGCCGAGCCCGAGGCGAAGCGACCCGCCAGCGGCGGCCCUGCGGGCGGCACCUGCCCCGCGCUGUGAUACACUGUGAUACUUGUCUUUCAAGCAGAGCUAAAUCAAUAUUUAUUUUGUUAACUUGUUAAUAAAACAGUCCCGAAUGUA